AUGCUGCAUGACCCAAUUAGGAUUCCAGCUUGUUUCUCAGCCAGUGGUUCCGAUGAAUCUCACUCCACAACUGUUACAAAGUCCGGCCAGACCCUUUUCAUGUCCGUUUACAAGACAAAACUCGCCGGAGACUGCCGUUGCAUCACCAUAACCUGGUUCAAACACUUGCUGCUUCAUGGUUUAUCGGUGUCCAUUGAUGGACCUGAGUCACACUCACCGGAGUCUGAUCAGUACACCUGCAAGGUGGAGCUAAAACCAUGGUGCUUCUGGAGAAAACAAGGGUCCAAGAGAUUUAGCAUCGAGGGUAAGGCUCUUGAUGUUUUCUGGGAUCUCAAGGCUGCGAAAUUUCAUGGUGAAACUGAACCGAUCUCCGAGUAUUACGUUGCAGUGGUCUGUGAUCAAGAAGUGGUGUUGUUGCUUGGUGAUUUGAAGAAAGAUGCUUAUAGAAAAACAGGUUGUAGACCAGCUUUGAUUGAUCCCGUUUUAGUAUCAAGAAAAGAACAUGUUUUUGGGAAGAAAAAGUUCUCAACAAGAUUGAAGUUUCAAGAAAAAGGACGAUUUCAUGAGCUCUCGAUUGAAUGCAAGAACAGAAGCGGCGGAGAUGGGGUUGAUCCGGCGAUGGAGAUAAGAAUCGAUGGACAGUUGAUGAUCCACGUGAAGCACCUUCAAUGGAAGUUCAGAGGUAAUGAAUCUAUUCACUUCAGCAAAGUAAAAAUUGAAGUUUAUUGGGAUAUUCAUGACUGGCUUUUUAGUCCUGGUUUAAGGCAUGCAUUGUUUAUCUUUAAACUCUCUGUUCCGGCGACUUCUCCGGCGAUAUCAACACCAUCUUCUCCGUUGUCUUCACAGAGUUCUGGUUUAGAAGAUUGGUUACAUGAGUUUUGCCUCUUUCUAUAUGCGUGGAAGGUUGAGUGA